AAAUAUUUACUUCGUCAAUAAAAAUUAAGAAGCCCAAUAAUGUCUAAUAACACUGAGUCCAAUAUACCCGUAAAUUUUACUGAAAAUUCAAAUAAUGAGUGGAUUAAUUGGAUUGAAGAAGCUAUUGCAAAAGAUUACUUUAAAUAUUAUGAAUUCAAUCAUUUUAGUAAUUUUAAAGAAAUUGGGUUUGGAGGGUUUGGGAAAGUUUAUCGUGCGAACUGGAAAAGUUCUCCUAGUUAUUUGGCAUUAAAAUCUUUUUUCAAUUUUAACAGCGUCACAAUUAAAGAAAUAGUUAAAGCUUAAAAUUCAGCGUGAAGUGGAUUUUCAUGAGAAUAUUAUUCGUUUCUGUGGUAUUACAAUAGAUGGAGGUACUCUUCGAGAAUAUUUGAAAGAACAUUUUGAUAA